ACUGUCAGUCAGUGUUUGUCUCGAACGGGGUGUGAGUGUGUUGGUUGUGUUUAUACAUUUUCCUUUUUAUAACUUGUGUACUAAUAUAGCGAUGGCAGAAAAACAAUUAAAAAACAAAGUCUGUAUCAUUGGCUCUGGCAAUUGGGGAUCUGCCAUAGCCAAAAUUGUUGGCAAAAAUGCAGCUAGAUUACCAAAUUUUGAAGACCGUGUUACUAUGUGGGUAUACGAAGAGAUUAUUGAAGGAAAGAAGCUAACAGAAAUUAUUAAUGAAACACAUGAAAAUGUUAAAUAUUUGCCUGGUCAUAAAUUACCAGAAAAUGUUAUAGCAAUUCCUGACGUGGUGGAAGCUGCAAAAGAUAGUGACCUCCUUAUCUUUGUUGUGCCUCACCAAUUUGUCAGGACAAUUUGCUCUACAUUGCUAGGGAAAAUAAAGCCCACAGCUACUGCUCUAUCCUUGAUAAAGGGUUUCGACAUCGCUGAAGGUGGCGGUAUUGACCUAAUAUCACAUAUAAUUACAAGGUGCCUUAAGAUCCCUUGUGCUGUUUUAAUGGGCGCUAAUAUUGCUUCCGAGGUAGCAGAGGAAAAGUUCUGUGAAACCACAAUAGGUUGUCGAGACGUGAUGCUCGCCCCGAUGAUGCGGGACAUAAUCCAGACUGAAUACUUCAGAGUUGUCGUUGUUGACGACGAGGACGCGGUCGAGAUCUGUGGAGCGCUCAAGAACAUUGUAGCGGUGGGUGCUGGAUUCGUCGAUGGUUUGGGAUUCGGCGACAACACCAAGGCAGCUGUGAUCCGUCUCGGGCUCAUGGAGAUGAUCAAGUUCGUCGACGUAUUCUACCCGGGCAGCAAACUGAGCACGUUUUUCGAAUCGUGCGGGGUCGCCGACCUCGUCACCACAUGCUAUGGUGGCAGGAAUAGGCGUGUGGCAGAAGCAUUUGUGAAGACUGGUCGCUCUAUCAAGGAGUUAGAAGAUGAAAUGCUCAAUGGACAGAAACUGCAGGGACCAAUCACCGCAGAGGAAGUCAACUACAUGCUCGCCAACAAAAACAUGGAGAACAAGUUCCCAUUAUUUACCGCCGUGUACCGCAUAUGCCGAGGUGAAUUGAAGCCCAACGAUUUCAUAGACUGCAUCCGCAGCCACCCCGAGCACAUGAAACAGUCGGCGCCCAAAUGUUCUCUGUGACCCGAGUGAAGUGCCUCACCAGUGUUCCGAUCAACUCGACUCUGUCGCAUUCCUGUCUGCACUAUCGCAUAUCUCUUUACUCAAAAAAGUCGC